AUGUCCAGCAAUGACAAACCAACGGUCCUUAUUGUCGGAGCAGGCCUAGGACCUAUGCUCGGUGCCCUUCUCGAGAAAUCGAAUGUUCCAUACACCAUCUUUGAGCGCGCUGCCAUGGUCAAGCCCCUGGCACUGGCUAUGUACAUUAUUACUCGCCCCGAUUACUACAGCAUCAUGCUGAAGCAGGUUCCAGCCCACAAGGUCCUUUUCGGUCAUCGCGUGUUGAACAUCACCGAGGAAGGCGACAAGGUCACCGUUCACCUCUCCAAUAACCGAACCUACAAGGGUGACAUCAUUGUUGGCGCGGACGGAUCCUACAGCGCGGUCCGUCAGCGUAUGUACGAGCAACUGAAGGCUAAGGACCUUCUUCCAAAAGAGGAUCAGGAAGAUCUUCCCUUCGGCUCGACCUCUCUCGUCGGCCAGACCAAGGCUCUCGACCCCGAGGAGUUUCCUAUCGUCAACAAGCCCCAUUGCCAGUUUCUCGGUUUCCUUGGAGACGACAAGCCGUAUACUACGUCGGACGAUAUUACCAGGAUAUUUGAAGAGUACAAGAAGGAACGUUACCCAGCUGUGAUGGCAUCAUACAAGAGCAGCCAGAUCAUGGGAAAGGCUAUAGAAGAUGAACAAAAGGCCAGGGCUCUCUUUGAGAAGCAACAACAACAGGACCAGCAGCAACCUCGAUCUAGAGAUUUGAGCGAAGAAUCACAAUUGCAACACCAGAAGUAA